CAGAAUUUGUCACUGUGUGACCCUGUGAAGACAAGAUGGUGCCGAAGAGCCGCCACUGAGACACACUGCAAACGAAACCAUGGAACUAUGAAACAGAAAGGGCCCCAGCAACACGAUGGAGAGGAGAAAGAGUACGUGCUUGACCCAGCAGCUCCACCACUGACAUUAGCCCAGAAACUGGGUUUGGUGCAGUCCCCGGCCAGAAAACUGACGGUAGAUGAAUGGAGUCAGGUCAAGUCGAGGUCUAUUCAUGAAGGGGACUCCAAGCAGCCCUGUGUGAUCUGCAGGGAGGAGUUUCGCUUACAGACUCAGGUUUUGCUCUCCUGCUCCCAUGUGUUUCACAGAGCCUGUCUGCAGGCCUUUGAGAGGUUUUCAGGCAGGAAGUGCUGUCCUAUGUGCAGGAAGGAGCAGUAUGAGACCAGAGUGAUCCACGAUGGAGCUCGCCUCUUCAAAGAGAGGUGUGCCAUCAGAAUUCAAGCGUGUUGGCGUGGCUAUGUUGUUCGGAAGUGGUACGGUCAUAUGAGGAAAACAGUUCCCCCAAAAGACAAACAGCUACGACGAAAAUUCUUUGAGACAAAGUUGCAGGAGUUGAAUGACAGCUUUGUCCAAUACUGUCAUAUGGACGUAGAGGCUUUCCUGAACGAUAUCGACCAGUCGGUGUCAUCAAGCAGAAGAGUGUUCCAUCAGUUUGAGAGAGAGCACGUCUCGGAGCCGCAGGAAGACGACUGGCAGAAAAUACAGGAAAAGGUCAUCCAGAGAGAUACACAGGACUGUCCCAUCUGUCUCACCGCUCUGUGCAGCGCCAGACUAGAGACGGAGGCAGGGAGGACACUCGCCCCACACCCCAGCAACAGACGCACUGUGCUCCUGUCCUGCUCACACCUCUUCCACCAGCCCUGCCUGGAAGCCUUCGAAGCCUUCUGUGUGGAGGGCCGACCUACAUGUCCUCUGUGCAGGUCUCCCUACCACAAAAUACUGGUCUGACCUCAGAAUAGUUGAUAUAGAACUUCAUAAUAUGAAAGAUAGUUGGAUGUAAGUAAAACAUACGCACUCCCCUACGUAUGUAUUUGGACAAUGAAGCGAAAACUUUUAAUUUGGCUCUGUAAGCCAGUAUUUUGAAUAAGAUCUCUUAUUUUUGUAUUUAUAUACAUGUUUCACUGUUUAGAAAUUGAAGUACUUUGUGUCUAGUCCCCCCAUUUGAAGGUGUCAUAACUAUUUGGACAAAUUCACUUAGUGCAUUAAAAUGUCAAACCUUUA